CCUAAUAUAGGUUCGAAUUAACGAAAGAAAUGUUAACUAAGGAAGAAAUUGUAAUAUUAAUUUAUACUUUAUUUAAAAUGUAAAAAAUAAAAAAGACAUUUUGUUACUGAAUUGUUGGAAAAUGCAACACUGCAUUAAACGUAUCAAUACCCACGAGUAUCGAAGAUAUAACAAAUGUCGCCAAUUAAUUGUAGGUUCCUAUUUUAGGAAUGAAUCACCUUGAGAUAAUAAUACAUACAAAGCACAAGACAGUUAACUUCUUCUAAUCUCUAAUAAGUCGAGAUUUUGAGAUUUUUUCGCUAAUAAAAAGAAUACAAUACUCGAGUCUCGUGUGCAAGUAUGUCAUUUUUGUCUUAUUUGUCAGUGUGUCUAAUAAUUAUAAGUAAUCAAGACUGAUAAAAUAGUGCAAAAAAUUUAUUGAAGUAUAAUGUAGGUAUAGAACAAAUUAACAAGUUUUAUACAUAGAUGAAAAAUUUUUGUAACCAUUCUUUAACUCAUUUGCAACUGUGCUAAUCUCAUUGAUUAGUCUAUUUGUAACUACUGAUAUGAAUUAUAUCUUUGAAAUACCAGUAUUAUUAUCCAUGCUAGUGAUCAGUCUGUUACGAAUGGGUUAAAUUAAAUGUAACUGACACAUACAUGUAGUAGUUAACUUUAAAGAACAAUUUGUUAAAAAAUAUUUCAUCAGAUAUACAUUGUAUAUUAUUUAUGAAUUCAAAAGACAACCGAACAGGAACAUCCUCAUGCAAAAUGAAUAAUUACAAGUGGAAUAGAUAUAAAAAGAACAAGCAAUUACAUUCAACUAAGGAAAGAAAAAAGAAUAUACACAGAUCUACUGCAAAAGCUUUUGAAACUGAAGAGGAAGCUACAAUUAGAAGAUUCCAUGAUGCACAAAGAAUGGCAAGGUUUAGAGCCAGAAAGAGGAAAGCUUUAGAAGAAGUAAAAACACUUAAAACAGGAAAUUUCCAUGAAUUAAAAAAGAUUAUUAUUUUUAAAAAUAUUAAUUCUAUUGCUAAUGCACCUACUAAUGCACAAUUUCAAAGCAAUUUUUGUACAGACAAUCCACCAGUUUUUGCACAUUCAUCUUGUCAACAAAAUAAAUAUUCUCAACUAUUAACAAUUAUCCAAGAUCUAGGAAAAGAUAUCAAACUGUCAUAUGCUGGUAGUAAAAUUUCAGCAGAAAGAGUAAAGAUAGGAAUUGUAAAAGCCAGAAUACUGAUAAAAGAAUGUUUGUUGGAAACAGAAAUGACCUCAUAGUGAUUCUAAACAAUGUAUAUAUGAAUUAUAUUUUAUUUUUUAGAAGAUAGAGGAUUGACUUGUU